AUGGAGACAUUGGGAGAUGCGCUCGCAAGGCGCAGAGCCAAAGUGGAGGUGCCGCAAGGCUGCUUCGACGGCUACGGCCUGGAACAAGUGGGCUCAAAAGGAUCCGCUCCCGAAUCCUGUCCCGCUGGACGGGUGGAGGAGUCCAGGAACUCCGUGUACUCGGAUGAAUACUCUUCGGAAGGCUCCGGUGAGGAGCAUUUCGAGGUGCCGAGCACCGGGGCAAACAAGGAUGUCCUCAAAGAAGCCGACGAGUGGUCGGAUGAACCGAUGACUGAGGCUCUGGAGGGCGAGGAAAGUGAAGAAGAGUAUCUUGACGAGUAUUCAGAGGACGAGUGCUCCAAAAUCUCUGCCGAUGAGACCAGCGGCGCCAACAAAGAGGCUGAGAAGGAGGGGUCGCGAGAGGGAGACUCCGCUAAGCCAGCCUCUCCUUGUGACUCGAUCGAAAAAGUCCAAAACGACGCUGGCUCGGCGGAGAAAGAGGAACGUUUCCCCCAAGACUCCGGUGAGGAACGUGUCGAUGUGUCGAGCACCGGCGCCAACAAGGAGGUCCUCAACGAAGAUGAUGAGUACUCGUAUGUGUCUGGAUCCGAGGCUUUGGAAGGCGAGGAAAGUGAAGGCGACGAGUAUUCGGACGAGUGUUCGUCGCAAUGCUCCGUGGCUGAGUACAAAGAUGUGAUGGCCAGUGGGGCAGAAGCAGAUGAGGCCAGCGGCGUGAAUGAAGAAGCCGAGAAGGAAAAAGAAUUUGUGCCGGAGGGUGGAGACUUCAUGUGUCCAGCCCCUCCAUGUGACUUGCAAGAAGAAGCCGACAAGGACUCGGGCUCGGCGGAGCAGGACGACCGUCCCCUCCCAGCCUCCGGUGAGCUUCGUGUGUUGAGCAACGGCGCCAACAACGGGGCCCUCAAUGAAAAGGAUGAGUACUCGGAUGGGUCUGGAUCCGAGGGUUUGGAGGGCGAAGAAUGUGAAGAAGACGAGUACUCGGAUGAGGAGGAGUCGGAGUGCUCGUCGCAAUGCUCCGUGGCUGAGCACAAUGAUGUGAUGGCCAGUGAGGCAGAAGCAGAUGAGGCCAGCGGCGCGAAUGUAGAGGCCGCGAAGGAGGAGCCAGCAGAGAUGUCAGAAGAAUUU